ACCGUUACUUUCGCUGAUGAAAUUAACUCCGAAAAUUAUGAGACUUCUUAUGCCCAACUGAAGCAGAUUUUAUCUAAUAAAGGCAAAGGAUUAACUGAUCCAGUUAAGAACGUUGAGGAUAAGUGGGAAUUGCUUCCCGCCUUUUUAAAAGUCAAAGGACUGGUGAAACAACAUAUCGAUUCUUUUAAUUUCUUUGUUGAAACAGAAUUAAAGAAGAUCAUUCGCGCAAAUGAUAUGAUUACUUCAGACGUCGAUCCAGCCUUCUGGCUAAAAUAUCAUGAUAUAAGGAUCGGCCCACCAGAGCGACCUGACACCGAUCACGAAACACAACAUAACGUCUUCACGCCUCAUGAAUGUCGAUUACGCGAUUUAACUUAUUCAGGAAAUAUCUAUGUCGACGUGGAAUAUGUGCGUGGUAAAAGAAGAGUUAUUCGUAAAGAUACAAUUAUCGGAAAGUUACCUAUAAUGCUUCGAAGUUCAAAGUGCGUAUUGACCGGAAAAUCCGAGGCUGAAUUGGCUAAAAUGUUUGAAUGUCCUUUGGAUCCAGGUGGAUACUUUAUUAUUAAAGGAACUGAGAAAGUGAUACUCAUUCAGGAACAACUUUCAAAAAACCGUAUUAUAGUUGAAGGCGACAGAAAAGGUCUUGUACAAGCUUACGUGACGAGCUCAACCCACGAAAGAAAAAGUAAAACUUAUAUAGUUGCAAAGAAUGAUGCGAAAAAUGAUAAAAUUACAUUGAAGCAUAAUUCAAUUUCUGAAGAAAUCCCAAUUGUGAUAGUAAUGAAGGCUAUGGGAAUUCAAUCUGAUAAAGAAAUAGCUCAAUUAAUAUCAGGAGGAAAUCAGACUUUUUUAAAUAUGUUUUCUCCAAAUAUUGAAAUGUGUGCGAGUAUGAAUAUAUUCACGCAGAAGCAGGCUUUAGAUUAUAUAGGAAGUAAAGUUAAAGUAACAAGGAAAAUUGCCAAUGUACGAAGACCUAUGGCUGAGGAAGCAUUGGAGAUCCUUUCAACUGUUGUACUUGCUCACGUUCCCGUAAAAGAUUUAAAUUUUCAGCCAAAGUGCAUUUACAUUGCUAUCAUGAUUCGACGCGUCUUAAUGGCCUUAGCUAAUGAGAAUUUGGUAGAUGAUCGUGAUUAUGUUGGAAAUAAACGAUUAGAACUCGCAGGAUCAUUACUGUCACUUCUAUUUGAGGAUUUAUUUAAAAAGUUCAAUUUUGAUUUAAAGCUUAAUAUCGAUAAAUUAUUGAAGAAACCUAAUAGAGCAUCUGAAUUUGAUGCACAUAAACAAUUAAUGCAACACGGUGACUGCAUAACCAACGGGUUUGUUCGUGCAAUUGCAACUGGGAAUUGGACAUUAAAACGAUUUAAGAUGGAGAGAGCUGGCAUUACACAUGUUCUUAGCCGGUUAAGCUAUAUUUCAGCAUUAGGAACGAUGACUAGGAUUACAUCUCAGUAUGAAAAAACGCGAAAAAUAAGUGGACCUCGUGCUCUUCAGCCGUCACAGUGGGGCAUGCUUUGCCCUGCUGAUACUCCCGAAGGUGAAGCUUGCGGGUUAGUAAAAAAUCUUGCUUUAAUGACGCAUAUCACAACUGACGAUGAAGAGGAACCUUUAAAAAGACUUGCGUUUAAUCUUGGCGUUGAAGAUGUGAACGGUCUAACUGGUUCUGAACUCUAUCAGCAAAAUGUGUAUAUGGUAUUUUUGAAUGGUCUUAUGCUUGGAAUUACACGUCAACCUAUUGAUUUUGUCAGAGAUUUUCGAAUAUUACGUCGUUGUGGCAGAAUUUCGGAGUUUGUUAGCAUUUAUGUAAACCAUCACCAUACAGCGGUUCAUAUUGCUUCGGAUGGUGGUCGCAAAUUAAAACAGGAUAAAAUGAAAUUUGCGGAUUUUUUGGCUCAAGGACUUGUCGAAUAUUUAGAUGUCAAUGAAGAAAAUGAUUCAAAUAUUGCUAUAUACGAACGUGAAAUUGAUUAUCAGACAACUCAUCUGGAAAUUGAACCAUUUACAAUCUUGGGCGCUGUAGCUGGGCUAAUUCCUUAUCCGCAUCAUAAUCAAAGCCCCAGGAACACAUACCAAUGUGCUAUGGGAAAACAAGCUAUUGGCGCUAUUGCGUAUAACCAACUUCGACGGAUAGAUACUCUUCUUUAUCUUAUGGUAUAUCCGCAACAACCUAUGGUCAAAACCAAAACAAUUGAAUUGGUUGGAUAUGAUAAGCUUCCGGCGGGACAAAACGCAAUAGUUGCAGUGAUGAGUUAUUCCGGUUAUGAUAUUGAAGAUGCUUUAGUGUUGAAUAGGGCAUCGGUUGAUCGUGGUUUUGGCCGUUGUCAAGUCAUGAGGAAGCAUGUCGCUUUAAUGAAAAGAUAUUCAAAUGGUUCUUUCGAUCGCAUUGGUGAUCCACCACCACCAGAAAGUUUACCAUUGGGUCCAUCAGCUGAUAGAUUUAGCAUCUUGGAAGAAGAUGGAAUUGCAGGCGUCGGUGAACGAGUUAAUCCCGGGCAAGUUAUCGUCAACAGGCAUACCCCGACAAAUCUAAACACAAACAUUCCAGUAAACAUGCCUAUCGCUAAUGCACCGGCGAUUCAAUUCACUUGGAAGCAUGCACCUCUGACUUAUAAAUCACCAGAAACUGGUUAUAUUGAUAAGGUUCGGAUCGUGUGCAUAACAACCACUGAACAAGAGCAAACUCUAAUUAAGGUUCUAAUUAGACAGACACGUAUACCAGAAUUAGGAGAUAAAUUUUCGUCUCGUCACGGUCAAAAAGGAGUUUGUGGCAUCAUUGUGCCGCAGGAGGACAUGCCAUUUACAGAUUCAGGCAUUUGUCCGGAUAUCAUUAUGAACCCUCACGGUUUUCCUUCACGUAUGACGGUAGGUAAAAUGAUUGAAUUAUUGGCAGGUAAAGCUGGGGUUUUGAAGGGAGAGUUACAGUACGGAACUGCAUUUGGUGGUAGUAAGGUUGAGGAUAUGAGUAAAAUCUUGAUUGAGCAUGGUUAUAGUUAUUCCGGUAAAGAUUAUGUAACCUCAGGAAUAACUGGUGAACCGUUAUCUGCAUAUAUUUUCUUUGGGCCAGUAUAUUAUCAAAAGCUGAAACACAUGGUAGUUGAUAAGAUGCAUGCUCGUGCUCGAGGUCCACGUGCCGUUUUAACACGGCAGCCUACUGAAGGUCGAUCGAGAGAUGGUGGUUUGCGUUUAGGUGAAAUGGAGCGUGACUGUUUGGUUGGUUAUGGUGCCAGUAUGUUACUUAUGGAACGCUUGAUGAUAUCUUCUGACCAAUUUGACGUUCAUGUCUGUGAACAAUGUGGGUUAAUUGGUUAUAGGGGAUGGUGUCAGCAUUGCAAAUCCAGCAAGAAUAUGGUAACAAUGCAAAUGCCUUAUGCUGCGAAGCUGCUUUUUCAAGAACUUCAAAGUAUGAACAUUGUACCAAGAUUAAUUUUAGAAGAAUAUUAG